AUGCCGCUUUGUCUCACUUUCGUCGACUUGAAGAAGGCCUUUAACUCAGUUAAGACGGAAGCGGUCGUGGAAGCCUUGGACAACCAAGGCGUCCCUACUCAGUAUAUAAAGCAUCACCCAAGCCAUCAGGAACGAAUGCUUACCGAAUUCGACGAAACAUGCGAAUGCAUCGGUCUUCAGCUGAAGCUGCAAAAGACGAUGCUCAUGCGCAACGGAUGGGUCUCGGAUGCCCCAUUCACGCUCAACGGAGCGUACAAGAGCAUCGAGGAUGUAGUGAAGAAGACCAGGAACACCCGGCUCCGUGCUCACCUCUUCAACACCACCGUACUUCCUGCUUUGGCCUAUGCUUCGGAAACCUGGGCAUUUCGCAAGCAGGAAGAAAACGCGGUGAGCGUCAUUGAACGCGCAAUUGAGAGAGUGAUGGUAGGAGUAUCCCGCUUCACGCAAGUGAGGGACGGGAUUCGAAGUUCUCUCCUACGUCAGCGAUCGAAGAUUAGAGACGCCGCCACGUUUGCCAAGGAAAGUAAAAUAAGGUGGGCCGGACACGUGAUGCGCUUUGAUGACAACCGUUGGACCAGAGCCGUGAGCGACUGGGUUUCCCGCGAUAUUAAGCGCACUACAGGAAGACCGCCGACCCGAUGGUCAGAUUUCUUCACGAAGUCCUUCAUAGAAAAAUAUGAUGCUCUUCGUGUCCCACGCGAAAGGAGGAACCACUAG